AUGUCACAACAAGAAGUUAAAAAGAAACCAGUCUCAUUUUCCAAUAUCCUUUUAGGUGCUGGUUUAAAUUUGGCUGAAGUUACCACUUUAGGUCAACCUUUAGAAGUCAUCAAGACUACAAUGGCUGCUAAUAGAUCUUUAACCAUUUUAGAAAGUGCUAAACAUGUUUGGUCUCGUGGUGGUGCUCUUGGAUUUUAUCAAGGUUUAAUCCCAUGGGCUUGGAUUGAAGCUUCAACUAAAGGUGCUGUUUUAUUAUUUGUUAGUGCUGAAGCUGAAUAUCAUGCUAAAAAAUUAGGUGCUUCAAAUUUUGGUGCUGGUAUUACUGGUGGUAUCUUUGGUGGUCUUGUUCAAGCUUAUGCCACUAUGGGGUUCUGUACAUGUAUGAAGACUGUUGAAAUCACAAGAGCAAAACAAGUUGUCGCUGAAGGUGUUACUCCACAAACUUCUUUCCAAGUUUUCAAAGAUAUUUAUGCUAAAGAAGGUAUUAGAGGUAUAAAUAAAGGUGUUAAUGCCGUUGCUAUUAGACAAUGUACCAAUUGGGGUUCAAGAUUUGGGUUAUCAAGAUUAGCUGAAGACGCAAUCAAAAGUUUAACUGGUAAAAAGAAGGAUGAAAAAUUAGGUGGUUUAGAAAAAAUUUUAGCAAGUACAAUUGGUGGUGGGUUAAGUGCAUGGAAUCAACCAAUUGAAGUUAUUAGAGUGGAAAUGCAAUCCAAGACUGCUGAUCCAAAUAGACCAAAGAAUUUAGGUGUUGCCGGAGCUUUUAAAUAUAUUUAUUCACAAAAUGGUAUUAAAGGUCUUUAUAGAGGUGUUGCACCAAGAAUUGGUUUAGGUAUUUGGCAAACAGUGUUCAUGGUUGGUUUUGGUGAUAUGGCUAGAGAAUUAGUUGAAAAAUUAACUGGUGAAAAACCAGUUGCAAAACAUUAA